UUUGUCUGUAUCGCAGAUUUCAAAGAAAUUGUUAGGUAUAAGCAAUAAGACCUAAACCCAGAUAGCGGUUUCAUGGAGCUGCUGAGACCAACACAAUUAUUUUAGAUCUACUAGACUUCAGGGGAUUGAUUUAGUCGCUGUUAGCGACUGUAAUUUGCAACUAGCAGAGGUAGCUAGCUUUAACAGUGAAGAAGAUGGCGACGCUAAACAGUAUUAAGAACAUGUAUGGGAUCUGUUCUCAUGUAAUCCGCCAAACGACUGGAUUGAGAGCAGCAACACUCAUUCAGCAGAGGGCGUUCAGAGUCAAUGGAGCCCUCAGGCAGCAGCCGUUUGACUCCUCGGAAGAGAAGCCCCAGUUCCCAGGAGCAUCGGCAGAGUUUAUUGAUCACCUGGAGUUCAUCCAACCUAACGUGAUCUCUGGGAUCCCCGUCUACAGGGUCAUGGACCGGGCCGGGAAGAUCAUUAACCCCUCAGAGGACCCACAGCUCUCCAAGGAACAAGUGUUGAACUUCUACCAGAAGAUGACCCUUCUGAACACCAUGGACCGUAUCCUGUAUGAGUCUCAGAGACAGGGUCGUAUAUCCUUCUACAUGACAAACUAUGGAGAGGAGGGAACACACAUCGGCAGCGCUGCAGCUCUCGACCCAAGGGACUUGGUCUUCGGCCAGUACAGGGAAGCAGGCGUGCUGAUGUACCGUGGUUUCCCCCUGGAUCUGUUCAUGGCUCAGUGCUAUGCCAACGUUGACGACCUGGGCAAGGGACGCCAGAUGCCCGUUCACUACGGAAGCAAAGACCUCAAUUUCGUCACCAUCUCCUCUCCUCUGGCCACUCAGAUCCCACAAGCGGCAGGGGCAGCGUACGCAGCGAAGAGAGAGAACACCAACCGUGCUGUGAUCUGUUACUUCGGAGAGGGCGCGGCCAGCGAGGGCGACGCCCACGCCGGGUUCAACUUCUCUGCGACCCUGGAGUGCCCGCUCAUCUUCUUCUGCCGUAACAACGGCUACGCCAUCUCCACGCCGACCAACGAGCAGUACCGGGGGGACGGCAUCGCCGCACGCGGUCCAGGCUACGGUAUGAUGUCUAUCAGAGUGGACGGUAACGAUGUGUUCGCUGUGUACAACGCUACCAAGGAGGCUCGCCGUAGGGCUGUGGCCGAGAACCAGCCCUUCCUCAUCGAGGCCAUGACCUACAGGAUUGGUCACCACAGCACCAGCGAAACAGCUCGGCCUCCCUCCGUAGAUGAGGUGAACUAAAAGGGACAAACAAACCACCCCAUCUCUCGGCUUCACUAAGACCCCUCCUGGUGGUCCGAGGACGAAAGCUGGAGAAACAGACCGUAAGAUGGUGAUGGAUUUGAAAGGAACAAGAGACACAAGCCCCACCCUGACUUGAUGUUCUCUCACGUGUAUGAAGAGAUGACCCCUAACCUGGUCAAGCAGAAGGAGGCCAUGGGAAACUACAUCCAACAGUAUAAAGAGCAUUAUCCCCUGGAUGCCUACUCCAAAAUAAACACAGGAGUAAUCAUUUACAGGAUCAAUGAGUUAGCCGGCUAA